UCAUGCAAAUUCUAUCUUAUCAACUACUAUAUAUACAAAAAGCACAUAGAAUUAAAAAUCAAAUAACUAAACACAUCUUUUUGAAAUCCAAAAGCUAAGUAUAGUUCUUAAAAGAAACAUUUUUCCAAAUUAAUGGGGCGUUGGAUGAAACCAGAGGUUUAUCCUCUAUUGGCUGCAAUGACUUUUGUGACAAGCAUGUGUGUCUUUCAGUUAACAAGAAACUUGAUCCAGAAUCCUGAUGUUAGGAUCAAGAAAACUCGUCGAACCAAUGGAGUAUUUGACAAUGAAGAAGAAGGAGAGAAGUAUGCUAAGCAUGGUUUGAGGAAUUUUCUUCGUACUAGACCACCUGAAGUUAUGCCAGCCAUCAACCACUUCUUUAGUCAACCAAAAUGAAGAAUUAGUUUCAUAUACUAAAAAUAUUUCAAUAGGUGAAAUAAAGUGUUUAUUUGUCAUAUAUAUUGUUAACAUGUAUGGGUGAUCAUUUCUUUUAUAUUACUGUUAUUAAUUUGGUGUU